AUGGACCUGGACAAGCCGUCUGUCUGGGGCUCCCUCAAACAGCGAACCAGGCCGCUGCUCAUCAAUUUCAGCAAGAAGAGGGUGAAAAAGAGCCCCCACAAGGCCCUGGACCUCGGCUCGGCGCCGCACCUGGACCGCCGUCUCAGCCUGUCAGUGCCUGACCUCCUGGACAGCCAGGCCCUGCCCCCCGAGGGCCGGCCUUAUGCGGGGCCGCAGUCGGCCUACACCUCGGUGCCCAGCAGCCUGUCCACUGCCGGUAUUGGGCCCCCGAGCAGCAGCAGCUCCGUGAAGCUCUCUGAGGAAGAGCUUGAAUGGAGCCAGGAGGAAGGGGGUGCCCUCCAGGCCGGGGAGACAGAUUCGGAGGAUGCCUCUGUCUCUUUGGCCCAGGACAAGAGUACUCCCAGCUGUGGGGCCACCGGUCCAGCUCAGCCGUCUCCCCUGGGUGAAAAAGCUCCCGAAGAAGCAGAGGGCCUCUGUGGCAGCGGUGAUCUGUAUCCCCCGGGGACAUCCCAGCAUGCGGACGAGCCAACGAUGCAGGAAGAAGCUGGCGAGGCUGUGGGCAGCCUCCCAGGCCCCUUCGCCUACCUGCUGACCAUCCACCUGAAGGAGGGCCGGAACCUGGUCAUCCGCGAUCGCUGUGGCACAAGUGAUCCCUAUGUGAAAUUUAAACUGAACGGAAAGACCCUGUACAAAAGCAAAGUCAUCUACAAGAAUUUGAACCCUGUGUGGGAUGAGAUUGUUGUGUUGCCCAUCCAAAGCCUGGCUCAAAAGCUCCGAGUGAAGGUAUAUGACAGAGAUCUGACAACAUCGGAUUUCAUGGGUUCUGCCUUUAUCAUCCUCAAUGAACUUGAACUUAACAGAACGACCGAACAUAUUUUAAAAUUGGAAGAUCCUAACAGUUUGGAAGAGGACAUGGGAGUGAUUGUAUUAAAUUUGAACCUCGUAGUCAAGCAGGGUGAUUUCAAAAGACAUCAUUGGUCCAACCGGAAGAGGUUAAGUGCCAGCAAGUCGUCUUUGAUACGCAAUUUGCGUCUCUCAGAGUCCUUGAGGAAGAACCAGCUCUGGAAUGGUGUCAUCAGCAUCACCUUGUUGGAAGGAAUGAAUGUCUCAGGAGGCAAUGUGGCCGAAAUGUUUGUCCAGUUCCGACUGGGAGAUCAGAGGUAUAAGAGCAAGACACUGGUUAAGAGUGCAAAUCCGCAGUGGCAGGAACAGUUUGACUUUCACUACUUCUCUGACAGGAUGGGCAUCUUGGACAUUGAAGUGUGGGGAAAGGACAGCAAAAAGCACGACGAACGCCUGGGCACGUGUAAAGUAGAUAUCUCGGCCCUCCCAAUCAAGCACGAGAAUUGCAUGGAUCUGCCACUGGACCGCUGUGUAGGGGCGCUGCGGAUGCUGGUUACGCUCACGCCCUGCACGGGGGUCUCCAUCUCUGACCUCUGUGUGUGCCCCCUGGCGGACCCCAGCGAAAGAAAGCAGAUCGCCCAGCGCUACUGCUUACAGAAUUCCCUGCAGGACCUGAAGGAUGUGGGUAUUUUACAAGUGAAAGUGCUGAAAGCAGUAGACCUCUUAGCAGCAGAUUUCUCAGGGAAGAGUGAUCCUUUCUGCUUGUUGGAAUUGGGCAAUGACCGGCUGCAGACACACACCGUGUACAAAAACCUCAAUCCCGAGUGGAACAAAGUUUUUACUUUCCCUAUUAAAGACAUCCACGACGUUCUAGAGGUGACAGUGUUUGAUGAAGACGGAGACAAGCCUCCUGACUUCCUGGGGAAGGUGGCCAUCCCCUUGCUGUCGAUUAGAGAUGGACAACAGAACUGUUAUGUGUUGAAGAAUAAAGAUUUAGAGCAUGCUUUUAAAGGAGUUAUUUACUUGGAGAUGGACCUCAUCUAUAAUCCGGUCAAAGCGAGUAUUAGGACCUUCACUCCCAGAGAAAAGCGCUUCUUAGAAGAUAGCCGCAAGCUCUCCAAAAAGAUCUUAUCUAGAGAUGUAGACCGCGUGAAGAGAAUUACUAUGGCAAUAUGGAACACAGUCCAGUUUCUGAAAAGCUGCUUCUUGUGGGAAUCUACACUCAGAAGCACAGUAGCAUUUGUGGUAUUUCUGGUCACGGUCUGGAACUUUGAACUCUACAUGAUCCCUCUGGUGUUGCUUCUCUUCUUCGCCUAUAAUUUCAUCACGCCCUUGAGAGGGAAGGGCGGAAGUAUCCAUGACAGCCAGGACAACACGGAUGUGGAUGAGGAGGACGAGGAGGAGGACAAGGAAUCUGAAAAGAAGGGGCUAAUUGAGAGAAUCUAUAUGGUGCAGGAUAUCAUCUCGACCGUUCAGAACAUCCUGGAGGAAGUGGCUUCUGUAGGAGAAAGAAUUAAAAACACUUUCAACUGGACGGUCCCCUUCCUCUCGUUCCUGGCCUGUCUGGUUCUAGUGGUGGCCACCAUCAUGCUGUAUUUCAUUCCUCUUCGCUACAUCAUUUUAAUCUGGGGCAUAAAUAAAUUUACUAAGAAGCUUCGGAACCCCUACGCCAUUGACAAUAAUGAGCUGCUGGACUUCCUCUCCAGAGUCCCAUCUGAUGUGCAAAAGGUGCAGUACUCGGAGCUGAAAACCUACAGCAGCCACAGUCCCCUUCGGAAGAAGCGCAGUGCCCUCUAGAGCAUAGCCCCCCGACCCACCCACUGGUCACC